AACUUCCAGCAGCCCGAUGUGGUGGCUCACACCUGUAAUCCCAGCACUCUGGGAGGCCAAGGAGGGCGGAUCACCUGAGGUCAGCAGUUCAAGACCAACCUGACCAACAUGGUGAAACCCCAUCUCUACUAAAAAUAAAGAUUAAAAAAAAAUUAGCCAGGCCUGGUGGUGCACGCCUGUAAUCCCAGCUACACAGGAGGCUGAGGCAGGAGAAUUGCUUGAACUCAGGAGGCGGAGGUGCAGUGAACCGAGAUUGGGCCACCUCACUCCAGCCUGGGUGACACAGCGAGACUCCGUCUCAAACAAAACAAAAAUCCUUCCAGCCUGGAGAAACUGAGGCUGGGCAGUAGGGAGUGAGGGGGGUCCCUGGGAGGAACCAGAACUCAUCCUGCUUCAGGAUGGAGCUGGCCCCCUUCUUGGCCUUUGCCGGGGCUUCGUGUCAUGGAGCGACCAAGGCACGGGGUUCGAAGCCCACCCCAGCCCGCCAGCUGCCUGAGGCUGGCCAAGCUCUCUGCACCUGCACACGUCUGUAAAACGCGGAUGAAACGCUUCUACUGAACCGGGUGGCUGAGAUGAAAUGAGUCAUGGGUAUAAAGCGCUUAGAACGAUGCCUGGCGCACGCUCGGUGCCAAAUAAGCGUUCGCUGUGGUGACCAUAAUGACUCCAGCCCAAAGCCCGUGGUCAGCAUGGCCGGGCUCGCAGCGCCAGGGGGUUCCUAGGCGCUGCGCUUCGGGGGUCCUGGACACAGACAGGAGGGGCAGAGCUCCCACCAUCCAGGAUCCCGAGGGUCUGCAGCUGAGGGGCUAAGGCCCGGGACGGGGGCGGUCGCAGCGCCCUUUCCUGAAAAAACGGCGUCCGGCUCUAAGGCGCCCUCAAGCCCUCCCGGCAGCGCGGAACCCGAAGCGCUCAGAAGCCCGGGAGCCCCAAGUCUCGGGGACCAGAAGCGCCGCUGCCCUGACUUCCGGAAGGUGGACGGAACCUGCGAGCAGGGCGGGCCCGCGUGGCGCACGCAGAGCCACUUCCGGGCGCGGCGCCGGCUUGCUGCCACUGCCCCGCCAUGGAAGACACGCCGUUGGUGAUAUCAAAACAGAAGACGGAGGUGGUGUGCGGGGUCCCCACCCAGGUGGUGUGCACGGCCUUCAGCAGUCACAUCCUGGUGGUGGUGACCCAGUUCGGGAAGAUGGGUACCUUGGUCUCCCUGGAGCCCAGCAGCGUGGCCAGUGACGUCAGCAAGCCUGUGCUCACCACAAAAGUCCUUCUGGGGCAGGAUGAGCCUCUCAUCCAUGUCUUUGCAAAGAACCUGGUAGCAUUUGUGUCUCAAGAAGCUGGAAACAGAGCAGUCCUCCUCGCCGUGGCCGUGAAGGACAAAAGCAUGGAGGGGCUGAAGGCGCUGAGGGAGGUGAUCCGGGUGUGCCAGGUGUGGUGACCUGGAGGCAGCUGCCCCGCGCUGCUCAGCAGGACACAUGAGGACCUAGACACCCACUCAGGGACUCAAGUCUCGCCUCCGUCCCCGGUGGAGGGAGGAACUUUGUCUGGCACUAGCCCUUGGAGCCAGGAAAAAAUAUUCGUGUCUCAGGCAGACUCUUAACUCUGGUUACUAAGAUCUUCUGUGCAUGACGGGGAGGGUGGAACGGGUGCCAGAGGAGUCAUGAAUGGAUCUCACUGGGACCUGAAACGUGCUUGUGUUUAAGAAUUGGAGGAAUGAGUCAGCAGGCGUGGCUCAUGGCCCCCCGUGUACGGGAUCAAUUGUGGGAGGAAAUUUCUUUUUUAUUAAAAGCGAAUGUGUAUCCCAAAAUA